AUGGAACUAACGUUUGCAUUGCGAAGAAAGGAAGUGGUGGAUUCUGUACCUGCCAUAUCCGAGAUGCUAGAGCGUUGGCCUGCUCUUUUUACAGAAGAUCAAGUGUGUAUGGAAUUCAACAGAAUUGUGGGCAAGAACUUGAAGAAAGAGUUCUAUGGCAACAUUGAUAAACACAGUUCUUGUCUCAUCGAUAUUUUGCGGUCAAAGAGGGGGAACAUCGGCCACGUCUUAACAGAGCUUUUACAACAGACAAAGACUGCAGAGCCAACUGACAUUCGAACACUGGUGCUCAGAGGGCUUCCAGUUAUUCUGGGGGACAAGCACAAAGAUUUCUUCAAACAAGGCUUUGACUCUGAUGACGAUGACUCCCUCUGCAAUAUCGACAUUGGCAUCCUUCUUGUGGAACCGGAAGGGACUGUACCCAACUCUUCUCAUCUCAAUCCCACCUCGCUAAAAAUCAUCAUUGAGGAGCAAGUGGUGAUGGACAAAAUAGAGGACUUACCGAAAGCUAUGUGCCUUCUCUUUGGUCUUUCCUAUGCUCUACAUCUGAACUACCCCAAGUCCAUGAAAGCAACGUUCCAAUUCAUCCAACAGGUCCUCCUGGAACUUGGUCACAACGAACUUAAACCUAAGUUGCAGUCACUCAAAAACCAGCUUGUGAUGUAA